AUGGCUCGAGGCAUUGAAGGCAACGAGAUCGCUACGCCGCGUGUGCCCAAGCUUCAGAAGUCGGCUUCCUCAGCAUCACAAUCAGCAAAGCAGCAGAAGAGUAUCCUGGGCUUUUUCCAGCGCAAGACGGCGCCUGCUUCAUCUCCUGCUGCACCAAACGAUACUGCCGCCGCUUCAAGUCCUCCGCCGCAGUCUUCGCCUGCUCCUGCCAACUUCAAUGGUAAAGAAAAUGGUGUGCUGCCAGUACCCCUUGUAAAACCGUCAAUUCCUUCCUCAAGUUCUGUCCGCAACGGCAAGAAGAAGGUCAAUUAUGCCGAAUCCGAUGACGACGACGAGCCCGUCCUUCGACAACGCUCCAACAACACGACCGCUCGCUUUAUCAAGAGAAGGAAGUUGGACGACGACUCUGACGAUGAGUUCGCUAUGGACGAUGCCACUGAGGCUUUGAUGGCUGCCGCCGACGAUGCCGACAUGCAAGACUUCGUCGCCGACGACAAUGCCUCGGAAGACGACGCUCCUGUGAGACGUAAGAAGUCCAGCCAGCCGCGGAAGCCCUCCAAACAGCCUUCACCCAUCGCAGAAGAUGAACCCAGCCAAAGUCCUGAGAUACCUUCCACUUCGACUGCCCAGCAAUGGAACUUCGAUCCAGACACCGUCCAGCCAUAUGCAUCCAGAAAGACUCCUCAGCGCAAACAACAAACGGGUCCGCCCAAAAAGCAAAAGGCUCACAUGUCAGAGCCCGAUGCCCGCUACCCUUGGUUGGCAGACAUCAUGGAUGCAGACCGUAACAGGCCCGGUAGCUCAGAAUACGAUCCUCGUACUCUCUAUAUUCCUCCUUUGGCAUGGUCCAAGUUCUCUCCUUUCGAGAAGCAGUACUGGGAGAUCAAGUCCAAGUUCUGGGACACUAUCGUCUUCUUCAAGAAGGGCAAAUUCUACGAGCUGUACGAGAACGACGCUACCGUUGGUCAUCAGCUGUUCGAUCUAAAGAUGACUGACCGUGUCAACAUGCGCAUGGUCGGUGUACCCGAAGCUUCGCUUGAUCAAUGGGCCAACCAGUUCGUUGCCAAAGGUUUCAAAAUUGCCAGAGUCGACCAGAUGGAAACUGCCCUCGGCAAAGACAUGCGUGAGAGAGACGAAAAGACUGGCAAGGGUGGCAAGCCCAAGAAGGAAGAGAAAGUCAUCCGCCGCGAGCUGGCCUCCGUCUUGACUUCUGGUACCCUCGUCGAUGGUGGCAUGUUGCAGGACGACAUGUCAACUUACUGUGCUGCUAUCACAGAGCGUGAGGUUGAUGGGCUACCCGCCUUCGGUAUAGCCUUUGUCGAUACUGCAACGGCCCAGUUCCAGUUGUGUGAUUUUGUCGAUGAUGUUGACAUGACCAAGUUUGAAACAUUCGUUGCUCAGACGAGACCCGGCGAACUGCUUCUUGAAAAAUCUUGCAUCUCGUCAAGAGCCGUACGUAUCCUGAAGAACAACACCAGUCCCACGUGUCUUUGGAAUUACCUCAAACCGGACAAGGAAUUCUUGACUGCCGACAAAACUGCACUUAAAAUCACUGGAGAGCACUACUUCAAUGCCGAAGACAGCGAAGGCGAUGACGCCUGGCCGGCUUUGCUUCGAGAGGCCAGAGAGAAAGAGUUGUGUUUCUCUGCCCUUGGCGCUUUGAUCUGGUAUCUCCAGACGCUCAAGAUUGAGCGUGAUCUUAUAUCGCUUGGCAACUUUAACUGGUACGAUCCGAUUAGAAAAGCAUCAAGUCUUGUACUCGAUGGACAGAGUCUGAUCAACCUUGAGAUCUUUGCAAACAGCUACGAUGGCGGUACCGAAGGCACGCUAUUCGCUAUGCUCAAUCGCUGCAUCACGCCUUUUGGCAAGCGCAUGCUACGCCAAUGGGUCUGCCACCCUUUGGCAGAUGCUUUGAAGAUCAAUGCAAGACUUGAUGCCGUAGAAGCACUUAACGCCGAUCUAACGAUCACCGACCGCUUCACGGCAUCUUUGUCCAAGAUUCCCGAUCUCGAACGUCUCAUCUCCCGUAUUCACGCAGGCAGAUGCAAGGCUACAGAUUUCCUCAAAGUCCUGGAAGGCUUUGAGCAGAUUGAGUAUACUAUGAGCCUGCUUUCAAGCUUCGGUGAGGGUGAGGGUGUUCUCGGACAACUCAUAUCGUCAAUGCCUGACCUUGCUGGAGCUCUGGCUCACUGGACUGAUGCUUUCGACCGUGAACAUGCAAAAGACCAGAAUCUGCUUGUGCCUAAGCCAGGAGUUGAAGAAGACUUUGACGAGAGUCAGAACACGAUUGAGGACAUCGAAGGCAAACUACAGUCUUUACUCAAGCGUUGUCGCGAUGAGCUAGGCACUUCUGCUGCAAAGUACACUGACAACGGCAAAGAAAUUUACCAGAUCGAGGUCCCAAUCAAAACCAAGAACAUUCCAAAGAACUGGAAGCAGAUGUCUUCCACCGCCAAAGCAAAGCGUUACUACUUCCCCGAGCUGGAGGGUCUCAUUCAGGACUUGAAAGAAGCGCAAGAAACACAUGGACAGAUUGUCAAGCAAGUUGCCGGUAGAUUCUACGCUCGCUUCGACCAGGACUACGCCGUCUGGCUCGCUGCAGUGAAAAUCAUCGCUCACCUGGACUGUUUGAUUUCUCUAUCCAAGGCAUCUGCUUCCCUCGGAGAACCGAACUGCAGACCUGAGUUCGUCGACUCCGAGCGUAGUGUGCUCGAGUUCUCAGACCUUCGUCACCCAUGCAUGCUCAACACAGUCUCAGACUUCAUUCCCAACGACAUUGCCCUUGGUGGCGACAAUCCAAGUAUUGAUCUCUUGACUGGUGCCAACGCAGCUGGUAAGAGUACUGUCUUGCGCAUGGCCUGCAUUGCUGUCAUCUUGGCUCAAGUCGGUUGUUUCGUGCCCUGCGUUGCAGCACGUAUGACUCCUGUUGACCGUAUCAUGUCUCGUUUGGGUGCCCAUGACAACAUUCUGGCUGGCCAGAGCACAUUCAUGGUGGAGUUGAGCGAGACGAAGAAGAUUUUGUCCGAAGCCACACCUCGUUCCCUUGUCAUUCUGGACGAGCUCGGUCGAGGUACGAGCAGUCAUGAUGGUGUCGCUGUUGCACAAGCAGUGCUUCACCACGUCGCUACUCACACUGGAUGUAUUGGCUUCUUCGCCACCCACUACCAUUCCCUCGCAGCAGAGUUCAGCUCACAUCCUGAGAUUUCACCCAAGCGCAUGGCCAUCAUGGUGGACGAUACCGAACGUCGCAUCACCUUUUUGUACAAGCUCGAGGCUGGUGUGGCGGAAGGCAGUUUCGGUAUGCACUGUGCAGCCAUGUGCGGCAUCCCAGACGCGGUCAUCCAACGUGCAGAAGAUGCAGCAAAGGAGUGGGAGUACACUGGACGUCUGCAAGUGCGUGCUGAAGAGCGCAAGGAAGGAGAGUUGCCUCUUGGCUUGCUCAGCGAUAUUGCAUGGAUGCUCAAGACGGCUGAUGAUGAUGUUCCUGAAGGUGAAGAGAGUUUUGGUGAGCGCGGUCUCGAGGUUUUGAGAAGAACCAUUGCUGCAUUGUAG